AUGUCGGGACUACCCUCGUUUGAGGGGGGUCACUUAAUGCUACAAGACACUGCGCAACACCAUUCGGAUGCUCCAAUGGUUUACUCUAACCCUACACACUGCGGUAUGGCUAGUAAUGCUAUGUUCCAACGAUAUGUACCCCAAUACAAUGGCGGCUUUCACUACCCAGCGGUUCCCACUAUGAGGCAAGAACAUCACUCAAUUAUAAUGCAACAGCGGCAGAGGCAGGUUAACUGCUCGGGUCUUCAGGACUUGGAACAAAAUACCGGCGCUCACCCUUUUGGGUUGGAUAAUAACGCGGAGAAUCAAAGCGUAGAGAAUAAUAACAUGCAAAGACCCGCAACAAAUAACAAGACUCCUCGAGUCCCUUUACGGUCGUCGCGCUCACACGCGACAGUGUCUCAAGUAGACCAAGCAAGGAGUCAACCAUUCGGUGUUAGGAAACAAUCAAGGAGAAGAGUCGGUGGAACCGACACGAAGUUUGAGUAUAGUGUAUGUGUUUUUAAAUCGAAUCCGGCUUGUGUCUCAUUGACGAAAUUGACAUCUGUUUCCAGGUACAUAAGAAACUACGGCAAUAUGGUUGUGAUCAGUGUGGCCAUCGGUUUGCGCGACAGGACACUCUGCGAAGGCAUUGCGAAGAUGGAUGCAGAAGACGGAAUCGUCAAGCUCAGCGUACGGCCAAAAGCGUGCCAACAAUGCCCCAGCAAGCCCCGGCAUAUCAAUCUCCAUCCAUCCCAUAUCCCGACCAAACGAGUACAUACACUGAGGCUGAGGACCCGCAAAAACUAA